GUCCAGUGGCAUAAACAAAUAUUAACAAACAAAUAUGAUUAUAUUUGUGGUUUUUGUUCAUAUAAACAACAACAACAAAAAAAAAAAAACUGAUGUGUUAAAACAGUGCUCUAAAGUUAACACGAGCUUAUUUCCAACAGGGACAGAAAAGCCAUCACGUAAAAUGAAUGAACCUGCACCUAAACCGGAAGCUGAUUUGUGUCAAUUGUUUUUUUUUUUUAAUUUGCUGGCUAAUAUGAAAAUUAUAUUUCUCGAAUUCUGUAUACUAUACAACGUAUUAAUGCAAUGAUAGUGUGUAGUGUCCAUUAUUUUAUACUAGUGAAGCACAGGGUGCCUUCUCUCAGUCACUGACUCCACAGCAGUAUACCGGAAGGAGAAUUAGCUCGUUGCUAACAUCGCUACGGAGAAUGUAAACAAGACGAGUUAGCUAGCUGACAACCUACUUACAAUGCGGAUCUAUAUUAGAGUUUGUAUAUUCGGAUUUUUCUAAGAAUGAAAAGCGGACAUGGACGUACACACACGGCCAACGCUAUUUAGUGAAAUAGCACAUGGCCUGGGCUUCUGGACGGACCGAUCAGCAGUGCACGAAGCAGCAGCUCAUGGACGAACAGCAGAACUUCAGCAGCUCAUUAAAAAUGGAGCAUUGGUCAACAUUGUGGCUGUGGACUCCAUAACUCCACUGCAUGAGGCGUGUAUUCAAGGCCAAACACAGUGCGUUCAGCUGCUACUGGAGGCUGGAGCCCAUGUGGACGCCCGAAACAUAGAUGGGAGCACACCGUUAUGUGAUGCUUGUGCAGCUGGUAAUCUAGAGUGUGUGAAGCUGCUGUUGGAGUACGGAGCCAUGGUAAACCCUCCUCUCUUCACUUUCUCUCCCCUUCAUGAAGCCUGUAUGGGGGGUAACCCCGAGUGUGUGCAGUUCAUGAUAGCCGAAGGAGCGCUCAUGGAGGCUCAUGACUGCCACUUUGGGACUCCUCUUCACGUGGCUUGUGCCAGGCAGCAUCUAGACUGUGCCAAGAUUCUACUGAAUGCAGGUGCUAACGUAAAUGCUGCAAAGAUUCAUGAGACAGCCCUGCACCAUGCUGCUAAAGCAAGCAACGUGGAGAUGAUUGAGCUGUUGGUUGAGUUUGGGGGUAACGUGUUUGCCAGAGAUAACCUCAACAAAAAGCCGAUCCAUUACACCAGCCCUGGCUCGGCUGCAGCGCUCUGCCUCAAGUUCUACGAAACUGAACCGCUUAGUCUUCAGCAGUUAACCAGGGUUGCACUCAGGAGUGUUUUGGGGAAACGAGCACUGGAGGCGGUGCCACAACUGGGUUUGCCCAAUCGGCUGAUCUACUACCUCACUUACAUGCCCACUCCGCUUCCUGAGCUCCUGACCAGCACACAAGCCGAACCGAACUGAGGCAGACCGACUUCACCAAUGCUUCUGGAGAAUAAGGGAAACUACACAGUUAAUCAUGUCUGGAAAUAUAGCUCGUCUUUUUAUUAAAAUUGUAGCGCAUAAAUAAGGUUCAGUUCAUACUCAGAUCUAAAUUCAACAUGAGUUUUUCUUUUGCACUGGCCAAACAAGAAACAAGUGUGUGAUCGCUAAACUCAGCUGUUUCAUUCUCAGUCUGUGCAGCGUUUACAGUCCCCUCCUAUCAGUCAUGUGUUCCAAUAUUAUUGAUCACUUGAAAAACCGGGUGGGUUCAAACAAAAGGGGUCAUGUUUUAAAUUGUUUUAACACAUCUGUCGUCUCAUAUCCAUCUUUUGAUCUUAAACCCAAAUGUCUUCCGUGUAUAGCAGUAAUUGCUCUUCCUCUUGCCAAUACUUUCAGAUGGGACUGUAUUUGUAAGAUAUAUUUACAUUCUCAUUUGUAUAAAGUGAAAUAUAUAUUGUAAAUUGUAUAUUUGUAAUCUAAUUUCAUCCUAAUAUGUAUUGUACAUAUUCUGUUCACAAUGUAAAAAGUUUACAAAUUAUUAAAUAUUACUCUGUAUUUGUUUAAAAGUAUUAAAAUGUGCUCUAAUCCUGUUGUUGUUGUUGUUGUUUUAAACAAGUCCAAGAGUGUCAGUGAUGCCACGCAUCAUGAAACUGGUAAUGGGAAAAACUUGAAUAAUGUUCAAUAUUUUUUUGGCAUUGUUGUCUUAAUUGCCUUCUUUAAAAGUGGUAAUAAUACUGAUGAAUUUCAAAAUGAUAAACACUUGAAUAAAUCUGCAGAAUAGGUUUUCAAGUUGAUGUUUCUGGGUCAAAAAAACGCAUCAUAUUGACAAAGUCGUACACGAAGCGGAAAGCAAGAGACAAUAAAUAUGUUGCUGAAUGAAAAUACACUGAGCUACCUGUUUAACAUUCACACGUUUAUGCAAAGUGCAUAUUGUCCAGUCCUGCUCGUUGCUGUGCUCAGUACGUGCUACGGUAGACGAGAAAUGACUUUUAAUGUAGGAUCAAGUCUUCAGAUUUGCAUGUAUUGAAGUCAUUGUAGUAGAAUUUCUUAUUCAUUUGUGAAGUAUUUUGUUUUGCUGCCUGUUCAUUUAUCUUCUGUGUUCUGUGUGUCUGUUAAAUGAAUAAAUGUAUUUAUAAAUGUAUUAAAUAUGAAUAAAUGUAUUUCCCAGAACAUACCUUUGUAAGGUUUGUUAGGUUUGCAGAACGUUCCUCUAAUGUUCUCUUAUUAAUAAUUACAUAUUUACAUUACAUUAGGAAUUGAUUUUGUUUGUGUGUGUGUGUCUGAGAGUGAGAAAGAGAAAACAUACAUUUAUUUAUUUUUCACAGCAAAUUGUUGAGGCCCCCCGGGCGCCCCCUGGUGGCCCCCACUUUGAAAACCACUGAGCUAGCAUACCUGUCAGCCAAUAAGACACGAGUAUUCCCAAGUAUUUUCCUAUAAACCCCGUCUGACUGUUCUCACCUCCGUUCACUGAAGAUAACAUACAAAGUACUUCAUUCUCUGAAGAGACAAAAUUACAACAAUUCAGUCUUC